GAAACUCGUUUGGAGAUCUGGUUGAUAAAAACUUUUGGAAACACCGAUCUAACCUUGGUUGAAAACUCGUUUGCAGAACCGUAUGGAAAUUCGGUUGGAAACUUGGUUGGGCACCCUUUUGGAAAUGUGUUUGGAAACCUUUUUGGACACUCAGUCGGAAACCUGGUUGGAAUCUUGCUUGGAAACUCGGUUGGAAACCCAUUUGGAAACGCGUUUGGACACCCGUUUGGAAACUCGCAAACUCGUUUGGAGACCUGGUUGAUAAAAACAUUUGGAAACACCGAUCUAACCUUGGGUGGAAGCUCGUUUACAGAACCGUAUGGAAAUUCGGUUGGAAACUUGGUUGGACACCCUUUUGGAAAUGUGUUUGGAAACCUGUUUGGACACUCAGUUGAAAACCUGGUUGGAAUCUGGCUUGGAUACUCGGUUGGAAACACGUUUGGAAGCAGUGGUCUAACCUUGGUUGAAAACUCGUUUGCAGAACCGUAUGAAAAUUCGGUUGGAAACCCAUUUGGAAACGCGUUUGGACACCCGUUUGGAAACUCGUUUGGAGAUCUAGUUGAUAAAAACGUUUGGAAACACUGA